UUGGGGAGGUUUCUCAGUAAACAACGCAACUCUAAACCGAUUCUUCUCACUUCACUAUCUAUUACCAUUCAUUUUAGCUGCUUUAGCUAUCUUACACAUGAUGACAUUACACGUAAACGGAAGUAG